AACUGCAUUUCCCAGCGCCCAACGCGGCGGCGGCCGUAAAGCGCGACCGUCGAACGGCCGGUUCCGGCUGAAUGUCAGUGCUGGGCUGUGGGCCGGGGAGGAAGGCGGCUGGCGGUUCCUCCACCACCUCCGCCGCCGCAUCCUCCGCUUAUGCUACCGCCGCGGGCGCUGGGCCGCUCUGCUGGUCGGGCAUGAGACCGUGAGACGAGAGACGGGUCGGGGCCGCCGACAUGUUUGGCCGCUCGCGGAGCUGGGUGGGCGGGGGCCAUGGCAAGUCUUCCCGCAACAUCCACUCCUUGGACCACCUCAAGUAUCUGUACCACGUUCUGACCAAAAACACCACAGUCACAGAACAGAACCGGAACCUGCUAGUGGAGACCAUCCGUUCCAUCACUGAGAUCCUGAUCUGGGGAGAUCAAAAUGACAGCUCUGUAUUUGACUUCUUCCUGGAGAAGAAUAUGUUUGUUUUCUUCUUGAACAUCUUGCGGCAAAAGUCGGGCCGUUAUGUGUGCGUUCAGCUGCUGCAGACCUUGAACAUCCUCUUUGAGAAUAUCAGUCACGAGACCUCACUUUAUUAUUUGCUCUCAAAUAACUAUGUAAAUUCUAUCAUCGUUCAUAAAUUUGACUUUUCUGAUGAGGAGAUUAUGGCCUAUUAUAUAUCGUUCCUGAAAACACUUUCAUUAAAACUCAACAACCACACUGUCCAUUUCUUUUAUAAUGAGCACACCAAUGACUUUGCCCUGUACACAGAAGCCAUCAAGUUUUUCAACCACCCUGAAAGCAUGGUUAGAAUUGCUGUAAGAACCAUAACUUUGAACGUCUAUAAAGUGUCACUGGAUAACCAGGCCAUGCUGCACUACAUCCGAGAUAAAACUGCUGUUCCUUACUUUUCCAAUUUGGUCUGGUUCAUCGGGAGCCACGUGAUCGAACUCGAUGACUGCGUGCAGACUGAUGAGGAGCACCGGAAUCGGGGAAAACUGAGUGAUCUGGUGGCAGAGCACCUAGACCACCUGCACUAUCUCAAUGACAUCCUGAUCAUCAACUGUGAAUUCCUCAAUGAUGUGCUCACGGACCACCUGCUCAACAGGCUCUUCCUGCCCCUCUACGUGUACUCACUGGAGAACCAGGACAAGGGAGGAGAACGGCCGAAAAUUAGCCUGCCGGUGUCUCUUUAUCUUCUGUCACAGGUCUUCUUAAUUAUACAUCAUGCACCGCUGGUGAACUCGUUAGCUGAAGUCAUUCUGAAUGGUGAUCUGUCUGAGAUGUACGCUAAGACUGAACAGGAUGUUCAGAGAAGUUCUGCCAAGCCCAGCAUUCGGUGCUUCAUUAAACCCACCGAGACACUCGAGCGGUCCCUUGAGAUGAACAAGCACAAGGGCAAGAGGCGGGUGCAAAAGAGACCCAACUACAAAAACGUUGGGGAAGAAGAAGAUGAGGAGAAAGGGCCCACCGAGGAUGCCCAAGAAGACGCCGAGAAGGCUAAAGGUACAGAGGGUGGUUCAAAAGGCAUCAAGACGAGUGGGGAGAGUGAAGAGAUCGAGAUGGUGAUCAUGGAGCGUAGCAAGCUCUCAGAGCUGGCUGCCAGCACCUCCGUGCAGGAGCAGAACACCACGGACGAGGAGAAGAGCGCUGCCGCCACCUGCUCCGAAAGCACGCAAUGGAGCAGACCAUUCCUGGAUAUGGUGUACCACGCGCUGGACAGCCCGGAUGAUGAUUACCAUGCCCUGUUCGUGCUCUGCCUCCUCUAUGCCAUGUCUCAUAAUAAAGGCAUGGAUCCUGAAAAAUUAGAGCGAAUCCAGCUCCCUGUGCCAAAUGCGGCCGAGAAGACCACCUACAACCACCCGCUGGCUGAAAGACUCAUCAGGAUCAUGAACAACGCUGCCCAGCCAGAUGGGAAGAUCCGGCUUGCGACGCUGGAGCUGAGCUGCCUGCUUCUGAAGCAGCAAGUCCUGACAAGUGCCGGCUGCAUCAUGAAGGACGUGCACCUGGCCUGCCUGGAGGGUGCGAGAGAAGAAAGUGUUCACCUUGUACGACAUUUUUAUAAGGGAGAAGACAUUUUUUUGGACAUGUUUGAAGAUGAGUACAGGAGCAUGACAAUGAAGCCCAUGAACGUGGAAUAUCUCAUGAUGGACGCCUCCAUCCUGCUGCCCCCAACAGGCACGCCACUGACGGGCAUUGACUUCGUGAAGCGGCUGCCGUGUGGCGAUGUUGAGAAGACCCGGCGGGCCAUCCGGGUAUUCUUCAUGCUGCGUUCCCUGUCACUGCAAUUGCGAGGGGAGCCUGAAACACAGUUGCCGCUGACUCGGGAGGAGGACCUGAUCAAGACUGAUGAUGUCCUGGAUCUGAAUAACAGCGACUUGAUUGCGUGUACAGUGAUCACCAAGGAUGGCGGCAUGGUCCAGCGAUUCCUGGCUGUGGAUAUUUACCAGAUGAGUUUGGUGGAGCCUGAUGUGUCCAGGCUUGGCUGGGGAGUGGUCAAGUUUGCAGGACUAUUGCAGGACAUGCAGGUGACUGGCGUGGAGGACGACAGCCGUGCCCUGAACAUCACCAUCCACAAGCCUGCAUCCAGCCCCCAUUCCAAGCCCUUCCCCAUCCUCCAGGCCACCUUCAUCUUCUCAGACCACAUCCGCUGCAUCAUCGCCAAGCAGCGCCUGGCCAAAGGCCGCAUCCAGGCAAGGCGCAUGAAGAUGCAGAGAAUAGCUGCCCUCCUGGACCUCCCAAUCCAGCCCACCACUGAAGUCCUGGGGUUUGGACUCGGCUCCUCCACCUCCACUCAGCACCUGCCUUUCCGCUUCUACGACCAGGGGCGCCGGGGUAGCAGUGACCCCACAGUGCAGCGCUCCGUGUUUGCAUCGGUGGACAAGGUGCCAGGCUUCGCCGUGGCGCAGUGCAUAAACCAGCACAGCUCCCCGUCCCUGUCCUCACAGUCGCCACCCUCCGCCAGCGGGAGCCCCAGCGGCAGCAGAAGCACCAGCCACUGUGACUCAGGAGGCACCAGCUCAUCCUCCACCCCCUCCACAGCCCAGAGUCCAGCAGAUGCCCCCAUGACUCCAGAACUGCCUAAGCCUCACCUUCCUGACCAGUUGGUAAUCGUCAACGAAACGGAAGCAGACUCCAAACCCAGCAAGAACGUGGCCAGGAGCGCAACUGUGGAGACAGCCAGCCUGUCCCCCAGCCUCGUCCCUGCCCAGCAGCCCACCAUUUCCCUGCUCUGCGAGGACACGGCUGACACGCUGAGCGUCGAGUCGCUGACCCUUGUCCCCCCAGUUGACCCCCACAGCCUCCGCAGCCUCACUGGCAUGCCCCCACCGUCCACGCCGGCUGCCGCCUGCACAGAGCCCCUGGGUGAAGAGGCUGCAUGUGCUGAGCCUGCGGGCGCUUCUGAGGACUGAGUCAGUGCCGGGGCCUCCCUUUGUGUGGCCCCGCUGGUAGGGACCCCAGUGCCGCUGACUGGCAAGACACACUGGGAGCACCCACCAUUCUCUGCAGCCCCCAGCAGCCAUCUCAACCACCUAUCCCUGCGCUCCCUUGAAUGGGAAGAAGCCCCAUGUUGUCCUUGAAUUCCUUUUUCACUUUGCAUCUCUUCACGUGCAGGCUGGGACCAGCAGAGACACCCCGGCGAAUGCAGAUGACUGCACCGGCCACCUCAGGGAGCUGCCUGGGCUCCGUGUCUCUGAGCCCCGGGUGGCAGGACCCACCGGCACCUCUUUCUUCCUCUGUCAUAUGGCUCCUCUGACACCAGCCCCAGUGUGCACAGAAGAAUUGGACCAGGUCACUGUACGUAGAAAUUUGUAGAAAAGCAGACUUACAUAAACAUCUCCUUUGGAUAUUUAUUUCUGCUUUUGGCAACAGGUGAACAUUUAUUUUUAAAACUUCUAUUUAAAAAAAGUCCAAAAACAUCAACACUAAGGUUUGAUGUCAUGUGAAAAGUGUAAUAAUACAGUUAAGAUUUCAUUAUCAUUUUCACUGGAACUUUCCUGAUGUUUUGUUUUAGAGUUCUUAGGGUGGCUUUUUCCAUUUAUUUAAGUGAUUCUUUGUUACUCACUAACUCUGCAAGCCUGUGGAAUAAUGAAGUACCUUCCUGGAAAGUUUAGAUUAUUUUUUAAACAAAAACAAGGGAGAUACGUAUAUUCUCAGGUACACACAGAGCUGAGAGGGCUGAACAGUUUUCUGCCAUAGCAGCCGAGAGGCCUCCCAUCGUGGAAAGAUUUCUCCAGGAAAAGGAAGAAUGUAGCCAGCUCCCACUCAGGACGCUUCCUCACUUGUCUUCACCAAAACCAAACAGAGACAGCUUCCAGCACCUUCUUCAGUGUUGCCAUCUCUAAGAAGGAACCACUUGGGACCGUGAAGACUCCCGACCCUGUGGCCAUGAUGGAAAUCAAAGGAAGCCACCCUUAGCGUCACCUGCCACUCGACUGUGUGUGCCCACAUGUGCCGAGAGAUGGCCCAGAGCCAGUUCCCCUCCAGCUGCAAGGGCAUGGUGUCCCCAGAGCUCUGAGUCUGUCACUGUCCCUCUCUGCUACUGCUGCUGGUCUGAAAAUGGAAACCCCAUGGUUCCCUUCCCCAUUCGGGCUGGGUGUGUACAAGCAAGGACCCAGAUGCAUCAGACACAGCCCCCAAGGUGUUCCUUUCUACUUGGCCAGCUCAGGAGACGGACACAGCACUCAAAGCCCAGGCCGUGAUCCACCCUCCCCAAGUCCACCAGGGCCAGCGGCCCCUCACCUCUCUGGUCACUGGUAAGACCUUCCACAACUUUCCUCCAGACCUGCCGGCAGAUGUGCCCACCAGGGGUGUUAGGUCAUCAUGGGUCAUCUCGGGAGCUGUGCUGAGAUCUUUUGCUCCCUGCAUUUUAGAGGAACAUUGUGUCCUCGGCCAAGCCAGCUGUCCCGGCAAGGCCUGCCGAGGGCAGUUUUCAACCUCAUGAAGGAAACACAGUCCUGCCAAGGAGGGGUAGUGGCGCCCAUGGGGAUAGGCCUCAGUCCUCAGAAGCCCUCCAGGUAGCUCUGCCCACCCAGCCUUCAUGGGUCAUCAGAAGCCCUCCGGGUAGCUGUGCCCACCCAGCCUUCAUGGCUGCAGGUACAAGGACCUUUGCUUCAAUACAGAAAAGGCACAGCUCAGAAAGGGGGCCACAUGGGCAGAAACCCCAAGGAAGGACAAACCGCUACCACCAUGGCCAUCUGCAGAAUCCCUGGAAGAGAAGGAAGGCAGGGUAGGGCGGGGGGAAGACCAUCAUGGAGAGAAGGACCACAGCAUCAGGAGACGGGACACGCCACACCCAGCAGGCAGCCUGUGUGUUGCUUAAUUUUUUAAGAGCAAGACGGGUGGAGAGGAUCAAGCUGGCCCUGGCCGGAGCUGGCCAGCCACUGAGACGUGCACUUCUGGUUUUGAAAUGACUCUGUCUGUGGGGCAGCAGAAACUAGAGAAGGCAAGUGGCUGCCCCGCCCCAAGGCAUGACCGGGAGGAACAGCCUGCAGCUCACUGCAUGCCACACGGGUGGGCCACCAGCCUGCUGUCAGAAGUCUGUGGGCUCCGACUGGCCCUGUGACCACUGAGCACUGAAGGAGGAUGGUCUUGGCCGGGGCUGGACAGCAUGCCCGGGAGGACCAGCAGAGGAUAAAAGGUGCCCGGGAGGACCAGCGGAGGAUAAAAGACACUGCUCAGGGCAGGGCUUCUACCCUGCAUCCCUGGCCAAGAACAGGGCAGUCCCCGUGCGGGCUUGCAGGGUCACUCUCAGGGGCCUCUUUCAGCUGGGGCUGGCGACUUGCCUCUGGGGGACACCUCCAGGUGUGUGGGGUGAGGAUUUCCUAUAAGCAGGGCUCCCAGAAGCUUUGCUUAUGUCAGGAGGUCUGGGAGCCCAUUGGCGGCCACCAGCCAUUUUGGCUUCAAAGGACCCCACCUCACCCAGGUCUCAGCGGCAGUGGGCACAGCUGUGUCUUCAGGAGCUCCCCACAAACCUCAUAGCUGGGGCGCCCCCAGACAGGCCAGUCCAGACAGGACACGCUGGGUCCCUGUCAUCCAGAGGAAGAGCCAAGAGUGUGGGAAGGCCCACAGCGGGGGCUGUGGCUUCUGACACUCAGGUCAUAGCCUCAGAGGUCUGAGGUCAGCCCCCACAGACCCAUCCAGCCCGCCCCCCGAGUCCCUGCAGAGAGCACUUAGAGUUAUGGCCCAGGCCCUGGUCCACCCUUCCCCUGUGCACCUCCGGCUGGGUUUGCCAAGUCAGGGAGCAGGGCUGGCCGCAGGAACUCCCAAACCUUGGCUUUGAAUGUUGUUGUGGAGGUGUGCUCGUCCCUUUGUGGACAUGCGAGGUAGCUGCCCCAGCAGGUCAGAUGGGGCCAGCUGAGGUGGUCCCCCAGGCAGGAGGGGGCCAGCCUUCACCAUCGCGUGGGAUCAGGAGGAGGGGCCUCCGUGAGCAGCCCCUCCUCUGCCGCCGUCCCAGCCCAGUCCCUCUCCCGGAGCCUUGGCAGCCUCCCACUACCCAGACACUUGCGUUCACAAGCAACUCAAGGGGCAGGUGAAGACGCGCAGCCCUGCCAGACACGCACUAGAUUCCUCUAAGGUCUCUGAGAUGCACUGUUUUUAAAAAAGGCAUGGGGUGAACUGAUUUUGAUCUUCUUGUCUAGAUGCAAUAAAUAAAUCUGAAGCAUUUAAUGUAGUCAUCUUGACAUUGGGCAUACACUGUACAAGUUCCUUAUGUUUCCUUGAGCUAAAAAUAUGUAAAUAAUUUAUGUCCCAGUGAGAACCGAGGGUUAGAAAACCUCGAUGCCUCUGAGCCUCGGGACCACUCUAGGGAAGUACCUGCUUUCGCUAGCGUGACUCAUGCUUCGUGGGUACUGAACACGAGGGUGGAAAUGAAAACUGGAACUUCCUUGUAAAUUUAAACUUGGCAAUAAAAGAGAAAAAAAGUUA